AUGAUAAUAACAAUGUUCAAUGAUUAUUUUGUUACAAACUCUGAGCCAUUAGUUUACAGUUCUCCUCGUUCAGAUGUCCGAUGCCAUCCAUAUGGCAGUGGUCGAUCUUAUUCAUCUCCAAAUAACAAUUCAAACAAUUACAUGUCGUCUAAUUAUCAGUCAAAUAUCGAUAUUGAUGCUACUUUUCAACUUGAUGAUCCACUCCCACAUGAUCUCGAUUCAUAUUCAAUUUAUCCGUACGAUUAUACCAUUUGGUCACCGAAUGGAAGUCCAAGAUGUUUUAAACGACGUGUAUCAGCAAAUAAAAAAGAACGACGUCGCACACAAAGCAUAAAUACAGCAUUUUCCGAUUUACGUGGAUGCAUCCCGAAUGUACCAUCCGAUACAAAAUUAUCAAAAAUAAAAACAUUAAAAUUAGCAACAAAAUAUAUCGAAUAUUUAAUGGACAUAUUAUCGAAAGAUGAUCCGAACAUUACACCAUUGGCAUUUAAAGCAGAUAUUACUAAAACACGAAAAGAUCAUAGAGAAAUUAAGUAUAACAAUGAUAUCUCACCAAGAAAAAAUAAAGGUAGAACUGGAUGGCCACAAGACGUUUGGGCAUCUGAACUAAAUAAUAAAAAUGAAAAUAUUCAUCAUCAGUCAUCGGAUCCAAUGACAAUAAAAACAACAAUUUCAAAUAAUAAUGGAAGUGUAUGUAGUAAUUCAAAUUCUCCCACAUUAUCUAAUAGCAGUUCAUCAACAAAUUUAUCCAUAAAUAAUAUUGUAUCACGGAAAAAAACUUCUCAACAUUAUUCUGUAAAAAAGAAAACUUCUCGUCCUAAUGGUAUAUUAAGAAAUCGUUCAUCAGUUAUAACAAAAAUUAUAUUAUGUAAUGAACGUUUGUCUAGUGAUAAAUUGCGUAAGGCUUUGAUUGAUGUCAAACCACUAUAUAAUAGUAAAAAAAACAUUCAUUAG